AUGAGUGCAACUCUCACCAUGACGACGACAGCGACCACGCCGCCACUGCCGGCGACACUCUCGCUAUCGACCGAACCCCCGUCCCCGCCGCUCUCCGCCUCCCAUUGCUGCCCAGGCUGCGGAUUGGUCCUCCCACCACUCCUCGAACCCACCACAAAGGAGUUGGCCCGCUCCGCAGACAGAGACAGUGCUUACAUCCAAGAAGCAGCUGCUUCUCUCCUUGAAGCCCAAGCCCGCAUCGCCGACCUGGAGGCACAGGUCCGUCUACUGAACCAGAAAGCCACCGCUGCCGUUGACCGUUGGGCCGAUUACGAGGACGAGCUCGCGAACCUCCGCAAGCAGGUCAACGCCCAGCCUCAGCCCCAACAAUCACCGCCACAACAACCCCUCCCAUCUCCGAGCAGAUCAUCAUUCCUGCCGACCGCAGGCGUUGCGAAUCGCCUUUCAGCGAUGCUGUCGCGCAAAUCGACGCCUAAUCUUCGGCCGAGUUCCAUUCCGUCGACGCCGACUUUGACAAGGACCCCGGCGCCGGAGGAGGAGGCUUUUGGGGAUGAUGGUCCAGCGCACCCGCUGAAUGCACAUGCCGACCUGCUCUCUGCUUUGCAUCAUGAGCAGCAUCUUCGCCGCGCUGCUGAGUCACGUUUGAGCACCACGGACCAGGAAGUGGAAGAGCUGUCCGUCUCUCUCUUUGAGCAAGCCAAUGAAAUGGUGGCAACAGAACGGCGAGCGAGGGCUCUUCUCGAGGAGCGGGUUGAAACGCUAGAGAAAAGAGAGGCGGACAAGAAGCGGAGGCUCGAUCGGCUUGAGGGCGCCGUAGGCCGCAUCGAGCGUGUGAGAUCCUUGUUAGGCGAGGAAAGGCUGAAGAAGAUGCGAGAGCAGUCACAAGUCGAGAACGAUAUGGCAGGGAGGACAACCCCGCCGCAGGAUGAUGAAGAGGCUAAAAUUUUGGUUGAGCAAAGCGACACAAGAGACUGA